CCACUUGUUGAUUGUAAUCUCUCAAAUCUCUCUCCGCUUCUCUAAAUUCAACCUGCGCCAGCCAUCGCUCAAGUGACCACCGCGGCUAGCAACAUGGCAUGGGCUGACAUCGAAGAAGAACAGUUGGACUACGCUUCAUGCGAUGAGAGAUCCGUGUCCGGAGAUGAAACCCAGUCUGCUCUAAAGAUGGAACAGCCGCAAGAAAAAGAAGAGCCGCAAGAAGAAGAAGAAGAGCUGCACAAAGAUGAGAGUUCAGACAUCGAUGCUGACGUUGGUCGCGCUCAUGGUCCCAGAACCACCACAGAAAGGCGAAGAGCCCAGAAUGAAAUUAUGAGAGCCUUCGCCGCUAACAUCAGUGCCCAUGCAACACAGAAGGAGGUCGAAGACGCUGUCAAAGGUGCUAAGGAUGAACAGCUCUCCAUCCGCGACAUCCUGGCGAACCAGGAGACGACUGUCCGUAUCACGAAUCCCCGCGAUUACCAGACUGAGCUGUUCCAGAAAGCCAAGACAGAAAACAUCGUCGCUGUGCUAGAUACUGGUUCGGGCAAGACUCAUAUCGCAACUUUGCUGCUUAGGCACGUCCUUGAUGAAGAACUCGAGCAUCGAGCCAAAGGCGGCUUGCGCAGGAUUGCGUUCUUUCUGGUGGACUCGGUGAACCUCGUCUUUCAACAGGCAAAUGUGUUGCGAUGCGGUCUCGACCAAAACGUUGAAGCUAUUUGCGGCGCCAUGGGCGCAUCACUAUGGCAGAAGCCCACCUGGGACACACUUUUCGCCAACAACAUGGUCAUUAUCUGUACAGCAGAAGUUCUGCAACAGUGCAUGAUGCAUUCCUUCAUCACCAUCAGGCAGAUCAACCUCCUUAUCUUUGACGAAGCUCAUCAUGCCAAAAGCAACCAUCCUUACGCUCGAAUCAUGAGAGACUACUACGCCUGCGAGCCCGACAAGACCAAACGACCUCGUGUUUUUGGGAUGACAGCUUCGCCUGUGGAUGUGAAGAGCUCUAAAGAUAAUGACAUCAAGGCCGCCGCUCGCGACCUCGAAAAGCUGCUUUGCUCUAAGAUCGCCACGACUGCCGAUGGUACCUUUGCUUCCAAUAGCACGAGUCGACCCGAAGAGCAGAUUGCUGUAUAUGAUCAGUUGCAAACCGAAUUCGAGACGCCAUUUCACCAGAAAGUAAAGGCGCGAUAUGGUGAUGUGCGACCGUUCAAGAAGUUCUUCAUCACAUCAAAGCGAAUCGGUUCCGAGCUCGGCCGCUGGGCUUCCGAUAUGUACUGGUCCUUCGCUUUUACCGACGAACAAGCUCGCAAGCUUCAGAACCAUGAGGAAUACCGGCACAAUAAGGAGCACAAGGAAGGUGGCUCUGUAGAAAAGUUGAAUGCCGACCUUGCUCGACUGAAAGAAGCUGCACUCUUUGUACAAGAACAUGACUUCGGCUUACCCACACUCAGCCAACAAGAUCUGAGCUCCAAAGUCCGACAACUUCACUAUUACCUCAACCUGUACUAUGAGCGGAGUGAUGAGGCUAGGUCCAUCGUUUUUGUUGAGCAGCGCCAGACUGCUCGGUUACUCAAGCUCAUUUUUGCGCAUCUUGGUGGUCCCAACCUCCACUGCGACAUGUUAGUUGGUAUCAACUCUCGGAUCGGUGAACAUAACAUAUCGCUACGGUCUCAGAUCUUGACGGUAGCGAAAUUUCGACGAGGCGAGCUGAACUGUCUGUUUGCCACCUCCGUUGCAGAAGAAGGCCUUGACAUACCGCAAUGCAAUCUCGUUGUACGGUUCGACCUGUAUCGUACGAUGAUUGGAUAUGUUCAAUCUAGAGGUCGGGCGAGACAUCGAAAUUCGAAAUACUUGCACAUGCUAGAGAAGGGUAACAAUGCUCAUAGCGAGAGAUUGUACCAAGCUAGGAGCGAUGAGCAUGUCAUGAGAAACUUCUGUAAAACUCUCCCACAGGAUCGUUUUCUUGACGGAGCAGACGCCGACGGUGACGAAGUGCAAGAUACCUUCUAUCCCAGUUAUACAGACCCCAAUUCCGGCGCAAAGCUCACUUUCCGAUCGAGCUUGACCGUUCUCAACCACUUCGUCUCUACACUUCCAGCUCCAAGCCACGAGACCUAUCUGCAACCGACGUACGUCAUAAACCCAGAGGUUACCGUUGAUCUUUUCAAUCCUCAGCGAACGGGCUUUCAAUGCGAGGUCAUACUGCCUGAGUACUCACCAGUCAUUUCUAUGACAGGUCAACUUCAAUCCAGGAAGGUGAUCGCCCGGUGCUCGGCAGCGUUCAACAUGUGUUUGGAGCUUCGCAAAAGGGGCUUACUCGACGAGAAUCUGCUCCCCACGGUGAGAAAGUUUCUUCCAGCCAUGAGGAAUGCGCAGCUAGCCGUUGGUGAGAGGAAGAAGGGCAUGUAUUCAAUGCUUAUAAAGCCAACAUUUUGGCAACGGGGCCGUGGUACUACCCCGGAACACCUCUAUCUCACCGUCAUCAACGUCGAUGCUGGUCUGGAUCGCCCUCAUCAGCCUCUUGGCCUUCUUACUCGAGUCGAAUUUCCACAAUUACCGAGUUUUCCCAUAUACCUUACGGACGGUCGAUCUUCGAACGUUGUCUCGUGUCCCUCUGCUUUGCCUCACUCAAUUACUGAACAGACGCUCGAGUCCCUCACCAAGUUCACCCUGCGAGUCUAUGAAGACAUAUACAAUAAGGUAUAUGAGCAUGAUGUUCGAAAGAUGUCAUACUGGAUCGUUCCAGUCCGACCAAGUGUGAUAGCAGCACCAACCUUACCAACCGAACUUGAACAAAUUGUGGAUAUGGAUCAAGUGCGCAGAGUAUGCAAUGAACAUACAUGGCAAUGGACGCCCGAAACGAUGGAUGAAGAUCUGUUGGACAGAUACAUCGUGGAUCCUAUGAACGGAGGGCGGAGAUUCUACUCUGAUCGGCUGGCGCCACAUCUCAAGCCUCAAGAUCCUGUUCCUUUGAACGUACCGCGACAGAAUCAGAAGUUCAUGAAAAACAUUCUCGACUACUCCGAUAGUAAGUGGCUGAGGAGUCGUGAUAUCGCCAAGUGGAAUCAAUCGCAGCCCGUCUUGGAGGCGGAGAAGAUUCCUUUCCGCCGAAAUCACCUUGCCCUUGUCGAAAUCAAAGAGAAGGAGGUUCUUGGUACUCUCAAAACCUACAUUUGUCCUCAGCCAAUGCGCAUCUCGAAUCUUGCGACUUCCUUCGUUGUCAUGUGUUACGUGUUGCCGGCUAUUAUUCACCGAUUCGAGAGCUAUCUCAUUGCCUUGGACGCCUGUAAGGUCCUCGACCUGAAGGUCAGCCCAGCUCUAGCCCUCGAAGCUUUGACCAAAGACUCAGAGAAUUCUGAUGAACACGAAGAAGAAAAGAUCAAUUUCAAGAGUGGUAUGGGCCCGAACUAUGAACGCCUCGAAUUCUUGGGUGAUUGCUUUCUCAAAAUGGCUACGUCCAUCUCAACGUUUGUGCAACAGCCAGACGAGAACGAGUUUGAGUUUCACGUUCGACGCAUGGUCAUGCUCUGCAACAAGAACCUCAUGGAGACUGCCGUGGGCAAGAAGAAGGUCUCAUUCCCCGAUGGUGAAGAGCUUGAUCUACAGUUGUAUAGCUACAUCCGUACAGAUUCAUUCUCUCGACGUACUUGGUACCCGGAUGGCAUGAAGCUUAUCAAGGGAAAGGGUAUGAACAAGAGUGAAGACGACUGGCUCAAGCUGACACACAACCUCGGAGAUAAGAGUAUUGCUGAUGUUUGUGAAGCUUUCAUCGGCGCCGCUUUCAUGGAACAUCACAAGGACGGGCAGUGGAACCCAACUGAUUGGGACGAGGCCGUCAAAGCUGUGAAGCUAUUCGCCAACAGCGAGGACCAUACAAUGGCGAAGUGGUCAGACUACUAUGCGGCCUAUAUCAAGCCAAAAUACCAGGUCGGCGAAGCAACCGCUACCCAGUUGGACCUCGCCCGUAAGAUCGAAUUGGUACAUCCAUACCAUUUCAGGUAUCCGCGUCUUCUUCGAUCUGCAUUUGUGCAUCCUUCUCAGCCCUUCAUGUGGGAGAACAUACCAAACUACCAACGUUUGGAGUUCCUUGGUGAUUCGCUACUGGAUAUGGCAUUCAUCAUGCAUCUCUUCUACAACUAUCCCGACAAGGAUCCCCAGUGGCUUACCGAGCACAAAACGCCCAUGGUCUCCAACAAAUUUCUGGGCGCGCUCUGCGUCAAGCUCGGUUGGCACACGCAUAUACGCCAGAACACAGCCAUCCUAAGCGCAUCGAUCCGGGACUACGUGGCUGAAGCCGAGGAGGCCGAGCGAGAAGCCCACGGUGCAGUCGACUACUGGGUCAGCGUCAGCGAACCGCCCAAGUGUCUCGCCGAUGUGAUCGAGGCUUUUGUUGCCGCCCUGUUCGUCGACUCGGAAUUUGACUUCAACGUCGUGCAGCACUUCUUCGACCUGCAUCUCAAGCCCUUUUUCGUCGACAUGACGCUCCCCGCUUACGAGGGCUUCGCUUCGAAUCAUCCGACUACACGACUUAGCCGCAUGCUAUCUAUCAACUUCGGAUGCAGCGACUGGCGCAUGGGUGCCCUCGAGACCGAUACGGUUAUUCCGGGUAAAGGGAAAGCUGUGGCGGCUAUGGUUAUGAUCCACAAUAAGGUACACUUUUACUCGCUGGGGCAGAGUGGCAGGUAUGCUCGCGUCAGGGCGAGUCACUCUGCGUUGGAGAAGCUGGAUGGAUUGCCACCGUAUGAGUUCCGGAUGAAGUAUGGAUGUGACUGUGUGGAUGAGGGGGAGGGGGAAGGCGAUGAGCUGAUUAUCAAAGAGAAGGAGGCGAUGAUGAAGGAGGCUAUGGGUGUGAAUAUCUAGGUAGAAGGCUCUAUUUGGUUCUAGACUAGAACCUAGUUUAUCAUAAAAAACGUUGAUCAGUAUCGGAUGAGGUUCGCACAAAA